ACUGACUCUAGAAUGUACCCACCAAUCAAAUGGGAACAACCCUUUAAUUUUUUCAGAAUACAAAAUAGCCAUUUGUGCUUUUUUUUUUAUUUUUCAUCUCUUUAUUAAUCUCCAAUACAUAUUCAAAUGAGUGCCUCUGAUAUCAAAGAAACCGCACAACAAGUUGUUGAAGGACCUAAGCAAUUUUUCAAGGAGGGUUUCCAAUUUAUUAAUCGUUGUAAGAAGCCUGAUCAACAAGAAUUCCUCAAGAUUACUCAAGCCGUUGCUAUGGGAUUUGCUGCUCUUGGUGCUCUCGGUUAUAUGGUUAAGCUCAUUCAUAUUCCCAUCAACAAUAUUCUUGUCGGCGCUGCCUAAAUACAUUUAAUUGAUAUCUGUAUAUAGAACCUCACAUCAUCCAAAUUAAUCCUUCCAAUCAAUUCUACAAAGACGUUUGGUACUCCUUUUUUUUGUUUAAAUAUCAAAACAAUUAUAAUAAUAAUAAAAAAAAAAAAUAAGCAUACCAUUAAGUACGGGUUUAUGGAGAUUA